AUGAUGAUUAUGAUCUUGAAUUCUCUAAUUAUAAUCUAACUUCUGAUAAUUCAUAUUCUUUUGAUCAAGAUAAUGAUACUUUGGCUUCGUACCAUUUUAUUAAAAACUUUUUUGAACAUUAUGAAAAACCUGGAAUUUGUCCUGAAGAUAAGCCUAUAACCAAACUCAGAUGUAAAGUUGCAGAUUAUACAACUGAAUAUUAUCAACCACCUUGUAUUAAUACUAUUAAAAAUGAAGUAGCCGAUGGAUAUUAUUAUACAACUCAAACUAUUAAACAAAUGCUUCAUACUUAUACAGGCUUAUGGUUAACUAAUGAUCUUGAAAAUUCAACUAAUACUGAUUAUCAUCAUGAUGGUGCUAAUAUUCGAGAUAAAUUAUUAUUAAAUAAAGAAUAUAACACUGUAAGAGCUCUUGUCGACUUUUUAUAUCCAUUUCACAAAGCUACUAAAAUUCUUUCCAGAUCAACUUAUGCUACAUUAAGUAUUAUGGUUUCUACAAUUGAAGAAUUAAUUUACUGCUUAAAUAAUACAAUUAGUGAAUUGGAUAUUAUAAAUGAGCUAAAAGAUGUUAUCUUAUCUGAUUUGUCUCGCCGAUGGUCAAGUCCACAUAAAUAUGGAAU